AUGUUUUUGCUCGAGAGGCGGCGGCCGUUGGCACAGCACGUUGAAUCGAGAUCCAACGCCUUCGCGCGUUUCGCCGUUGAGUUGGGGGGACGUCGCGCGCAUGCGCUGUCGCCACCCGACAUUCGCCAUCGGCCUGAGCUGCGAUUGCACACUGCCUGCGUUGCAUGGACGCGCUGGGUCCGCCACGUCUUUCCGCCCCUCGCGUGCGCCUCCGGGGCAGUUGCGCAGCCCCCGGAAAGCAAAACAACAUUCCUCCGCCGGCUCCAUUCAUUCCGCGCCCGCGCAGGUCAGGUCCUCCACCCCGCUACACCCCGUCCUACCACCCCCCUCUCCUCCACCGUCCUGACCGUGGCUGAAGGCGUGGGCGGCGGCGGGCGCACCCUCGACGGCGCGGCGGCGUUCCGCGGCGGUGGACGCGGCCGUGACGUCACGCGCGCGCCGCGCCGCGCCGGUGCACGCAGGCAGCGAGCAGUCUCAGAGGCGCGUCGGGUCGGCGCGGACGCCUCCAACUUCGCCUCGCCGGACAUCCUCGACGCGCCGCCCCGCGCCCGCGCUCUCGGCGUGGGAGUGACGCAAAGCGGGACGCGUUCGCUGAUAUAUCACACGCGUGUUUGUGCCGGUCAGUCCGGGCGUGACUCCCGCUUGCGCGUGUCUUCGGCACGGCCUUCGCGCGGGUUCACCGGUAUAUCGCAACGCGUGUGUUUGUGUCGGUUAGGGUCGCCGCCCGGGUUUCGAGUCUUCGGUGAUAUUAUUACUUGUGAGUUGACCACUCGUCAACUAGGACGUGUUCCGCGAGAAGAGCUUCCCAAUAUUUUCGCAGAAUAG